AUGCAGGGGUUCAACAUGGGACGAUAUGUCCCCCCGGACCAAGAAGGUUUGACAACUGGAAACAAACUCGCAGGGAAGCACCCACUCGGCGCACGCGCGCGCCACCUCCAAACGACAGGCGCAUUGAUCGUACGCUUUGAGAUGCCCUUCGCAGUCUGGUGCGAGACUUGCAAACCGCACCCCACAAUUAUCGGCCAGGGUGUACGCUUCAACGCGGAGAAGAAAAGGGUCGGAAACUACUACUCGACGCCAAUUUACAGUUUCCGCAUGAAGCACACCGUCUGCGGCGGUACCAUCGAGAUCAAGACCGACCCCCGGAACACGGCCUACGUUGUUACCGAAGGCGCGCGCAAAAGAGAUACCAGCGAGGACAAAGAACUACAGCCUGGAGAAAUUGCAAUCAAGCCAUACGCACGCGAGAUAGAUCCCGCGGAGAAGGAUCCAUUUUCAAAAGUUGAAGGGAAGAUUGAGGAUAAGAUUCGUGCUAAUACGGAGGCGACUCGCAUCCUUGAGAUUCAGGAACGACAGAAGCGGGAUUGGGAGGAUCCGUAUGAGAAGUCCAAGCGGUUGCGGAAGAUAUUUCGGCAGGAGAGGAAGGGCCUUGAGAAAGCCGAUGCGAAGCGCGAGGCCCUGAAGGACAAGAUGAGUCUUGGGAUUGAGCUGUUGGAUGAAACCGAGGGGGAUCGGCAGAAAGCAAGUAUGGUGGAGUUCGGUGAGAAGCCGGUCGAUAUUGGCGCGCAUGCUGCCCGCGUGACUCGUGUUCGGCCCAUGUUUGAGCAGCCGGCGGAGAAUCUAAAGACGGGAUCGGGUGAGAAGAAGGCUCGUUCUGUGUACCGGACUAGGAAGGAUGAUCUGAUUGCUACGCGGAAAGCUUCUCUCCGCCGUGAGCUGGUUGGGAAUACUCGUGCUAUUAUUGAUCCGUUCUUGGCUGGUGAUGCACUUCAUCCGAGUGCAUGGAAACCCACCAAGAAGAGGAAAACCAUCGACACUUCGACUCCAUCCCUCCGUGAAAAACCGAGUGGCACAGAACUUGAAUCCUCUGCCGUGGCACCAAAACCAGCGCUGGUCAACUACACUUCCGAUUCGGAGUGA